CACUUACUUUCCCUAGAUUCCCUCUUCCAAAACCCAACUGCACAUCCAUUUCAUGAAACAGCAAGGACGUAAUUGUCCCAGUAUAUUUCAAAAUAUAUAAUCAGUUUAUCAGUUACCAGCUAAACAACCAGGCCUUAACCAUGAAACUGCUGUCACCACCGCCUUCUUCUUUGUCUCAUCAAACCACACUCUUCUUCUUCUCUUCAAAGGCAAAACUUCUAAACCCCGCUACAGUCUCAAACCAUUUUUAUCAAUGCAGAGUAAAGCGCCAAGUUGGUACCCAAAAAAUGGUGGUAAAAGCAUGUGCAACAAAGGUAGAGCAGAAAGAUGUGAGUGUUUCAGAAAGUGGUUCGAGUGAGUGGGGGAAAGUGUCUGCUGUAUUGUUUGAUAUGGAUGGAGUGUUGUGUAACAGUGAGGAGCCUUCAAGAAGGGCUGGUGUGGAUGUUUUUGCUGAAAUGGGUGUUGAAGUUACAGUGGAGGACUUUGUCCCUUUCAUGGGAACUGGCGAGGCAAACUUCUUAGGAGGUGUAGCUUCUGUUAAAGGAGUGAAGGGAUUUGAUCCUGAGGCGGCCAAAAAAUGGUUCUUUGAGAUAUAUCUGGAGAAGUAUGCAAAACCGAAUUCGGGAAUAGGAUUUCCAGGAGCCCUUGAACUGAUUAAUCAGUGCAAAAGCAAAGGCCUAAAAGUUGCUGUUGCAUCUAGUGCUGAUCGCAUCAAGGUUGAUGCAAAUUUAGCUGCUGCUGGUUUACCAAUAUCAAUGUUUGAUGCUAUUGUGUCAGCAGAUGCUUUUGAGAAUUUGAAGCCUGCUCCUGAUAUUUUCUUAGCUGCAUCAAGGAUCUUGAACGUGCCCACUAGUGAGUGCAUUGUUAUUGAAGAUGCACUAGCGGGAGUUCAGGCUGCUAAAGCGGCACAAAUGAGAUGUAUCGCAGUGAAAACUACAUUGCCAGAGGAGAUUCUAAAAGAUGCUGGUCCAUCGCUUAUCAGAGAUGAGAUAGGAAGUGUUUCACUUGAUGAUAUUCUCAGUGGUGGCUCUGAUUAUAGUAUGUAUGCAACCUUCUGCUCAGUGCUCCAAUUGGCUGAAAUUAUAUUCUAUAAUGAGAGUUUUCCCUCAAAAAAUUCAUCUGGCAUGCCCAAAGAAAGAACAGAUAAUGGGCCCGUCCAGGUUGUAGGUGCUACCAGUGACAAAAAUCUCUCAGCUUGGGGGUUGCAGGGUUCUCGGCGAGAAGUACUGAGAUAUGGAAGUUUGGGAGUUGCUAUAUCUUGUCUCAUCUUCACAGUUUCAAACUGGAAGGCAAUGCAAUAUUCGUCUCCUAAAGCUAUCUGGAAUGGGUUAUUUGGAGUCAACCGUCCAUCGUUUGUCCCAAAUGACGGAGACUCAUCACGAUCAGCACGAGUCCAGCAAUUUGUGAACUAUAUUUCUGAUGUUGAAAACAGGAAAACUACUCCCAUUGUACCAGAAUUUCCAACGAAACUUGAUUGGUUGAAUACAGCUCCCCUUCAGUUUCGCAGGGAUUUGAAAGGAAAAGUGGUUGUGCUAGAUUUUUGGACUUACUGUUGUAUAAAUUGUAUGCAUGUGCUGCCAGAUUUAGAGUUUCUGGAGAAGAAAUACAAAGACAAGCCAUUCACUGUUGUGGGAGUACAUUCAGCUAAGUUUGAUAAUGAGAAAGAUUUGGAAGCCAUUCGUAAUGCAGUGUUACGCUAUGGCAUAACUCAUCCUGCCAUCCCAAGUCAAUCGGCAAGGAGGGCCUUGUUUGAACACUAUGUUAAGACACGUGCUGAGGAGGAACAUAAGGAAAAACAAGCAGCUCAGAAGGCUGGAAUAGAGGGAUUCAAGCAGUUACUUGAAGAAGCAUUACUUGAAGAAGCAUUAGAGGUUUCAGAGGAUAUUGACCACAACACUGAUUAUCAGACAUUCAGAAAGAAAUGGGGCAGUGAUCCACGGUUUGAGGCGUUAGACCGCAAUGAUCGAGAACUAUUAUUGAAUGAAAGACGAUCUGUUAGCAUGGCGACUAGCAACCUCAACAUCAACACUGACAGACUCGCUGGCGACGCUUUCUCGGCCACCCGAGUAGAAGCCAAGGAGCAAACCGAGAUGGAUAUCCUUGCAGCCGAGGUAUCUGGUAGGAAUCAGUCCAGCAGGGCAAAGGUCGAUCCCAUGGGAUCUACUGAGGACGUUGCCAAUGAUGUCGAGCCUUUGACAAUUGUUAGACCCGAAAGAGGCUCGUCUUCUACAUUACCUGAGGAGGAGUUCGCUCGAAUUAGAUAG